CUCCGAGCUCAGUCUCACGCGGCACCUCAAGACGAUCGGAAGCAUCGAAGCGAUCUGGACAAAGUCACAAAACUCUAAAGUCUGCUGCGGCAGAACUUAAACCGUGUGUGGAGAUCCAUCUGAAAUUUUGCUUUUUGCGUUGGCACGUGCGUGGUCGAUUUCAGCCAAACAAGUGAACAAGUUCAGUGAGUGAGUGCGCAAGUGUUCAAAGCGGUUAUAAACCAGACGCACCAGAAAGCAAUUUCUUCGCGGGUUUGUUUUGCUACCGACGGACAGGUCAGCAAUAGUGAUUCAUUCGCCUGAAAUUUGCUUUCCACCUACAACUUCGUGUUUGUUUCGGCAACGCUUGAAACCUGAACCUAACUUCGACCAUGGACACUGUUGUCCACAGCAAUUGCAAGAACCCGACCGUAUAUGAACCGUACCGAUGGACACUGAGCGAGAAACUGCGCAAAAUCGCCAAAGCCGAACUCCGCGAAACUGACUCCAUCCGGGAGCAAUCGUUGGCGCAGAUGCGUGAAUGGAUCGCCAAAAACCCACACAUCAAAAAGUGCCGCACGGAUCCGGUCUUCCUGUUGCGUUUUCUUCGUACCAAGAAAUUUUCCGUCGUUCAAGCGUGUGAAAUGCUAGAAAAGUACCUCUCGAUCCGGCAGACCUAUCCGAAGUGGUUCCGAAACUGCGAUAUUGAUAACGCGGAACUGGAGGCCGUCAUAGACGGCGGAUAUAUUCUGCCAUUGCCGCAGAGAGACUCGAACGGACACCAGCUGGUACUCUCGGUGGCGGGAAAUCUUGACCUUAAUCGAGUUAAUUCUACGGUGCUAGCCAAGGCACACUUUCUGGUCCAGGAAGUGCUAGCCGAUGACGAAGAGGCUCAAAUCUGCGGAUACAUCCAGUGUUUGGAUGACCGUCAGCUCUCGAUGAGAUUGCUGAGUCUGUGGUCUCUAGUGGACAUCAAGCGAGUAACGGAAUGCAUGCAGAACGGAAUCCCAACCAGAAUCAGAUCGUUCAACUUCAUCGGUUUACCGUCUUCGGCGAUUACGAUAAUGGAGUUUUGUGUGUCUCUGCUGUCAGAAAAACUGAAGAAACGCGUCAAUCUUUUCCGUUCAGUCAAAGAUUUUGCUGCGAAGGUUGAUAAGAGCAUCCUGCCGGAAGAAUACGGAGGAACCGCUGGACCAAUAGCUGACAUGAUUGCACAAUUCAAGGAGCGCUGCAGAGUGAAACGCGCCCAGCUGCUUGCGAUGGAUGAUAUGCAAAUUGAAAUCACGAAAUCUUCCAGCUUCUACGCGGACACCUGUCGCAGGGACCUGGAUGUUGGAAUCAUCGGAAGUUUCCGCAAGCUGGAGGUUGACUAAACGCAACAAUGUUUUCUCUUUUUCCGCUGAACAUAUACCUUCUAAGCUUAUCCAAAUCCUCAAGUGAUAUUUCUUGUUACCACAAGACAGGAGAAUUUAUAACCUAUUUCGUUAUGAUGAAUCUAUACUGUAUAUUUUUGUAUACUAUUGUGGAGUACGGUGAAGUUUAUUUUUGUAGUAUUAAGGUUAUACAAAACGGAACAAUAACACGGACAUUGCUUUUCCUCUUCCAUGGGCAGCAUCGUAGAAUGUUUAUGUGAACAAGUGUUAUAUUAAAACAUACUGUUUCUUGUUUCAAAUCUAUAUUUGUUGGAAAAUUAGGACAAUACUAUAUAAAAGAUUUUCUUUUGCCAGCAAUAAUAAUUUGUGCAAAUAAAGUAACAGGCCAAUGCAUUUUUA